GCUCCGAGGCAGCUGUGUCAUGCGCAGUAGGCUGUGUGAUGGCAGUAUGGAGUGUGAAGGUUAGGUUACCGUCAGGCCACUAUAUUAAACCGUGUUUGUCAUGUAAGCGGAGCUCAGCGUGUGUUCACGGCGUGUGUACUGUCUGCUGAAGGACGGAGCGUGCGUCACCACAGGUACACCACAGGUUUGAAAUUCAGCAGUCAUGGCCAGUCUGUCCAGCUACGCCAUGCGCAUGGCCAGACUGAGUGCCCAGAUCUUUGGGGAGGUUGUGCGUCCGACAGACUCUAGAUCUAUGAAGGUGGUCCAGCUGUUCAAGGAGCCUCCCAUGGCCAAGAAGAAGGAUGUGUAUGACUGGUACCCACAGCAUAAGAUUUACUACGCCAUGACCCAGAAGCUCAGGUUCAUGGGAUUGUUCAGAGACGAGCACGAAGACUUCAAGGAGGAGAUGCGUCGUCUGAGGAAACUGAGAGGAAAAGGGAAACCAAAGAAAGGAGAGGGGAAGAGAGCGACCAAGAAGAAAUGAGCUGCGACAUGUCUACUGCUCCAUCUUUACACGGGACUUUCCUUUUCCUUUGUCACAGCAGACUGUAUUACUGAGUGAGGAUGAUAAUCCUGAAAGAAUUCCAUUGACUCUGGUCAGGACUGUCCAGCUCUUUUUGUCAUAUGAGACAUGCUCAUCUAUGUCUGUUAUACUCAAGUGGAUUCCAUCAUUUUAUUGUUGAACAUUUUGUCAAGGGUGAAACAGUAUGGAGCAACAAACAGCCAAUCAAAUGCUUUCAGUUGGGUACUACUGAAACAACCUGAUAGUUUUGAUUGUGUGAGAGCGUAUAAAAUACAAUGUGUGAACACAUCUCAAAUGUUGGUCUGUUGCCGCUGUGUUGUACCUCAUGUUAAAUUAGCUGCUGUUAUCUGUUUGUGGCUGAAAAUGAUGUAAAGAAACUGACAUCUUUUUGGUUUUCAAAAUAAAAUGAAUGUGAGUAA